CAGGUGUGCGGGACAGCUGCCGGUUCCUGCACGACAUGGGCUGGGAGCGGCGUGGGGAGUUGCCGGGAUUUCCCUUCACGGGCGAGGGCGCCAGCUCUGGGCACCUCAAGUCGGUGGCCUGCGAGUGCAAUGACCUCAUCGCGUCGCUUCAGAACAUCAAGUCCGUGCUGCACUCCACGCGGCGGCAGAUCAAGAUCUCCAAAGAGGAGGAGGACGCAGAGUUCCAGCUGUGGCAGACGGACUGGGACCACUGGACCAAGCCGGAGGAAGACAUCCAAGACAUCCUCACUCCGCACUCUGUCGAUCCCGUCCCCUCGCCGACGCCCUCCACCUUCCUGUUCCCGUCCACGCCCGCUCCCGCAGCGACCGCUGUUGCCGUGACGAUGACUGCGACGGAGGGGACUGCGGCAACGGAAAGACAGCCCAUCCUUCCUCCUGCGGUGCCCUCCUCGUCGGCACCGUUGUUGUUGUUGCCGGAAGCAACGACCGGUUCCUUAUUGACCUCCUUGUCGGCAGUCUCGCAGUCUCAAGUCUCGUCAUCGGUGACGGCAUCAUCGUCAUCAUCGGCUUCCUCGUUGUUAUCGCAGUUCUCCUCAUCUGUUAUUUCAUCGUCCCAUGACACUUCGACCACACCUCCCCAACCCCCAACAGUAUCUUCAGCAUCAACGUCAAACGUCCAUUCCGUCCCUCCCCCUCCUCCUUCUUCCCGUCCUGAUCUGGUCAACACAGACUCCGUGUCCCCCCCUCUGUCGUCGUCGGGAACAGCAGCCAAUCAGGAGCCUCCGCAGCCUCCACCACCCCCCCUUCACCCCACCCCGUCCUCGGCCCGUAGCGCCAGCGGCACCACGCUCCCGUCCAUCCAGGGGCGGGCGGGGGGGCUUGUCAGAGAUCUCUUUCCUGGUCCGGCCGGCGACGCGGGACCACAAGUCACGUUACUCCCGUCUGCCGCUACUCCCAAUGGCAACAGGGAGGAGACACCAUCAUCAUCAUCAACACCAUCAUCAUCAUCGUUAUCGGUGACGUCAGUAUCCUCCGGCCAACAAAACUCCUCGAGAUCUGCCCCCCCUCCAAUCAGCGGUGGGGCGUCUCAGAAUCAAACAGACGCGACUGACAACAGAAGAGAUUCCCAGAAAGUGUCAGAGAUCCGACCGGAGGGUAGGCGCCCGUUCAUUAUCUCCACUCUCCCGACGGCCGCGAUAGGGAGCAGACUUUCUGCGGCCCCGGUUCACACGCAGAGCUUGGGCGUUGUCGCUGGUGAAGCGAGCCGCGUGCAGGCAGGAGGGGCGAACACAGGCUCGACCCCAGCAGGAAGUGACUCUAGGGCUAACGCUCUCCUCUUGACCCAGCCGAAAGUGGGUUCUGAUUCGUCCUCGGCGCCCGAGCCUGGUCAGUCUAGCCUCGGUGACGGCGGGGGAAGUAGUAGGGGCAGUUCUUUCAGGACUAACGAAUCUGGGGAAAGUCUUCUCGUCAACGGAAGACUCAAACAGGAAACGGGAGCCGGAGGUUGCCCAGGUUCGACGGUGUCAUUGCAGACGGAGAGAGAGAGGAAAGAGGGCGUGUCUGCGUCGUUCGAGGAGCGGGGAAGCGGAGACGUGAGCUCAGGACUCCUGCCAGACGAUCCCCCAAGGUCACACAACAGCAGCUCCCUCUACGUGGAGGUGGCCGACGAUGGGAGCAGCAACCUCAAUGGUUUUGACGACGACGACAAGGAUGAUAAUGACACGGACACAGCGGAGGAGUCUGCCGACCCGUACAAAGACUGCGAGCGAAACCUUCUGGUGCACGUGACCCGCACACACUCGGACAUCGAGAGACAGCUACAGAUACUGGAGCAGCAAGUCACUGACCUGGAGAACUCUGAGCACAACAACCCGUCCAUCCAGCUGUCGGAGGACAACGUGCUCAACGACGUGCCGGCCUUGAAGAAGUCGCUCGGGAAACUGGCCAACAACCUGGGCAAGGUCCAGCGACUCUCCAUCUUCCAUUAGGCCCACGUCGGGAUUUUUACGCCGUCCUGUUCAAGAAUCAGGUCCAUCUUUGUCGGUGGCCCCUCUCGUAACCGUGCCUCCACAACUAAAUUGAGUCAAACCUUUUUUUUUUUUUUUUUUUUUUUGGGGUCUCAAA